AUGGUUGGCUUUCCGCCAAUGUUACAAAUGGAGGAAUACGUCAAAAAGUUCGAGGCCUACAUGAAAAGUGGCAGUCGGCACGCAAUCUACCCGUGGACGGUAACAGCGAGAAUUCGCCAGUUCCCCUAUCUCUGGUAUUAUCGCAAUAACCACUUUGUUAAGUGCCUGCGAACGAAGGAGUCUCCAUGCGAAGUCAAUUAA